AUGGCGGUGGCCAGAGGCGAGAUCAAGCAACGGGGCAGCAGGAAGCUUGCCGCGGCAGCAUGGAGCACAAGCGGGGAGGUCAGCCCGCGCCUGCUUGAAAACGAGCCAGGCAGGGGAUUCGGCAAACCCCGUGACUGUGGCCGUCAGACACAAGUUACGGCCCACCGGGAGGUGUUGAAUAGUCCAAGAACCCUCGGCCCAAGGCGUUUUGUAAAACCCCCCGGAAAAGGGGGGGUGGGGGGGGGGGUGCGUGUUAGAAAGACCUCUGGUUCGCACUGGGAAGAGCCCCUCAACUCAAUGAUCGGAGUCCGCCUCUCUCAACAGCAGUUCGCCCGAGCAGGGACCCGUAGCUACGAGUCGGGCAGCAACGGGAUGUGGUCUGUGUUGCGCGUUCGCGACUUGGGGUGGGCGGAGUGGGGAGUGCGAAAAAGAGAGCUCGGUCCAAGGUCCAAGGGUACGGCCAGCUUGUGCGAGACUUGCCAGGCGGCGCAGCGUGAUGGAGUGGUGUCGCAGGAGACGGUCAAUGGCAGAAGCGGGAACCGGUCAGGCGGUAUUUUGGGCCUGGCGAGAAAACAAAUUGAGCUCUGGUCAUCAACGGCGCCGAGCACGUCGCAGGGACCCCGGACAGUACCAGGAUGGUGGAGAGAAGUCAGGGGUGUCGCUGGACAAUCAGAGGCGCGCAAACGGAUACCCUGCCGAAGCCAGACCGGCAAAAAGGAUGUCAGCACUGGCACUUGUGACACUGGUCAGCGGGGGGUCACCGGGCUGACAAUGGUGGAUUCGGGACGAGAGGCUGGUUUGAUACUCGGCAAGCUGGCGAUUCCGCCGCAUGGGUGGCGUCCAAGGAAAGUUCGCCAAUCCAUGGAUGCCAAGCCGAAACUCGGCUCGACAAAGACCUGCAACGCCAGAAACAAACGGGCAGGGGCGACCAGCACAACCUCUGCUUCAUCCAACACGGCGGGCCUCUCCGCCUUUGGCCGGCGCAAAACCCCGAGCCGUGGUGAUGAGCGGCGCAGUGGGCCAGCAGAUGCACUUGAAUCCCACCCUAGCGGAUCGAGCGAGGAGUGCAUCAAGGCCGCUGAAGCCGUCGCUAUCCAGCCUCAAGCGGGAAGGGUGGGAAGGGUGUUCAUCCCACCCGACAGACAGAGCGCCGGGAGAGGUGCCAUGCAUGAGCGCGCGUGGUGGGCAGGGAGCAGAAACAGCGGGGCAACCAGCAGCCAGCGCCCAUUGCAACAUUGCGACCCAAAUUUUGGGCGCGCAGCAUCGUGGACAAGGGUCAGAUCCCGCACCGUGCCCUGA